AUGAGCAGUGAGGAAGUCGCGGAGCUCUUGUUUACCCCAUUCAUUGUACCCUACUGGCGGAGACAACUCGGAAUGUCGAGGAUGACUUGGUUCCAUUAUACUACUAUCGCCCUCGCUUCCAAUAUAGAAUCCCGCUCGGACAAAAAAGUCGGGGUCACCGAACAAAAGAUCGUGACGCCUACUUUCAUGGACUCGGGAAGCGUGGAUUGCUGCCCACAGAUGGAGCCACCAGCAAAGAAGCCGCGGCUGCCGCACCCGAAGGGGGACCCUGAGGUAGCGGCGCAGAACAAAGAAAUACAGGCGCAGCGCAAAGUGGCCGCCAGAAAAAUAAGCAGACAAGCCGAGAGAAAUGAAGCCCAUAUGCAAAAGUUCUCCCUUCCCAUAGACGGCUUCUAUCUUCACAAGCUUGAUGAGUCUGUUGUCAAGGAUGCAGUGGCUAGUUACCAUAAGGUCAAGGAGGGGUUCGCGGAAAAGAAGAGGACAAAUGGAUGGACGACUUACUUCGGAACGGACACGACCGCGCAGGCAAAACGAAGUACGAUGGGAGAGGUCGUAUUGGCUACGGAGGAGAAUGUUGACCAGCAGAUAAUGCAUACAGACCAUGAGGCCAAAAAAGGUAAGGAAGAAGAAAUUGGGUUUAUCGUCAUCCCGGUCACAGAAGCAGGGACGAAUUUAUGCGUGUCUCGGGGAUCACAUAAAGUUGAAUAUUGUAAGAAAGAAGGGGACCAAUGCAUCCCAGCGGACUUCUCCAACGAUGCUCCGCCGAUUGAAAUACCAUUCGGGUAUGCUAUGAUGUGCAGCAGGAACCUGGCGCACGCAGGUGCGAGAACUGGUCCAGACCAGCCUCCGGAUGGAAGGCCACGGAUCCACGUCUACUGCAUGGACAAGACCGGCAGUACCUUCCCCAUAUUUAUUUCCUAUUUAUUUCCUAUUUAUGGCGCAAAUCUAUGUUGGAACCAUAUGGCGCAAAAUCUAUGUUGGAACCAAGCCAUAAGCCUUGUCGAGGACAUGGUGAAAAAUGGAGUCGCAAGUCUUGGUUCCAUCAUGCAUUUCGCGAAUCUACGUUGGAAUCAUAUGGCGCAAAAUCUAUGUUGGAACCAAGCAAUAAGCCUUGUCGAGGACAUGGUGAAAAAUGGAGUCGCAAGUCUUGGUUCCAUCAUGUAUUUCGCGUCGAAGUCUUGGUUCCAUCAUCUAUUUCAUAAACUUUCUACGCGCACUAAGUAA